GUUCUAGCUGAAGAAACAAACCGAUCUACAUGUGCUUCACUAUCCAUUGGAAGAAUGACAGAUGACAAAGAUGUGCUUCGAGAUGUGUGGUUUGGACGAAUACCAACUUGUUUCACUCUGUAUCAGGAUGAGAUAACUGAAAGGGAAGCUGAACCCUACUAUUUGCUUUUGCCAAGGAUAAGCUACUUGACACUGGUAACAGAUAAAGUGAAGAAACACUUUCAGAAAGUUAUGAGACAAGAGGAAGUUAGUGAAAUAUGGUUUGAAUAUGAAGGUACACCACUGAAAUGGCAUUACCCAAUUGGUUUGCUGUUUGAUCUCCAUGCAUCAAAUACAGCCCUUCCUUGGAGCAUCACAGUGCAUUUCAAGAAUUUUCCAGAAAAGGAUCUUCUGCACUGCCAUUCUAAGGAUGUGAUUGAAGCUCAUUUUAUGGCUUGUAUAAAAGAAGCAGAUGCUUUAAAGCACAAAAGUCAAGUCAUCAAUGAGAUGCAAAAAAAGGAUCAUAAGCAACUGUGGAUGGGAUUACAGAAUGAUAAAUUUGAGCAGUUUUGGGCAAUAAAUCGAAAACUCAUGGAGUAUCCUCCAGAAGAUAAUGGAUUUCGAUACAUCCCAUUUAGAAUUUAUCAGGCAACGACAGAGAGACCUUUUAUACAGAAGCUAUUUCGACCAAUUACUUCAGGAGGACAGUUGCAUACUUUGGGAGAUCUGCUAAAAGAUGUGUGUCCUAGUGCUAUCGCCCCUGAAGUACUUGUUAACACAUGGAAACAAUUUUCAAAAAUAACAAAAGAUGGAGAGCAGAAGACUCAAGUGAUGAUUCAUGGAAUUGAGCCAAUGCUGGAAACACCCAUACAGUGGCUAAGCGAACAUAUGAGCUAUCCGGAUAAUUUUCUCCACAUUAGUAUCAUUCCCCGACCUACUGAUUGAAACUCAGCUAUAUUGGUAUGAGGAUCAUUCUCAAGCUGGAAUUAUAAGGGCAUGUCAACUUCUUGCUUCUGUCAGCCUUGACAGAGGCAGCCUGACCAGAAAAAAAAAACAACAAAAAACCGAAACAAAACAAGAAGUCCUCACUGCUGCAAGCCAAACAGGAAGAGAGAUCCUAUCAUCAGAUAAGGGCAAUUGGGCUGGUCUUAUUUUGCAUCACCGCUGCUUUUCUUCACCGCUGUAAUUAAAUCAGUUGCGAUAUGAAAGAAUUUACAGGAGCUCUGCAAGUCUGCUGUUUUCUUGUAAAAUAUAAUGAAGCUGAAACUGUCAGCCGGAGAGCAAAUGGAAAUAUGCCACUUGAUUGUAUUUCUGAUUAACAAAUAAACAGGGCUGUUUCCUAAAGCGGUAGUGUUUCAACUUCGAGAGUGGAAACAUUGGUUUAAUUUUCUAGAAAGUUAGACACUGAGAGAUUCAGUUACCAAUAGCUUUUUGUAAAAGAUCAAAUUACUGUAAACCCAUCUUUCCUUAAUGAGAACUUCAUGUUUACAGUAUGUGUAUUGGUAUGCAAAUGAUCUUUUAACUUUGAUAACAAGCAGUGAGAGAUUUUAAAGUAAACCCGUGAGCAUGUUUUGUCAUUUAAAAACAUGCACAACUUAAUAAUUUACAAAUACUUUUGAUUUGUAUGCCGUUACUGAAUACUCCAGUAUGUUUAUUAUUCAAACCAGUUUUCAUAGACUAGCAAUGAUGUAGGAUAAUUUGUCUCAGGAUUUGUCAUGGCAUUUCUUUGUGCUCAUCUAAUUUUUUUUCUGUAAGGAUAUUUUCUUAAUGUAGUUUAAAAAGUUUAAAAAAAAAAGUAAACUGAUGUUGCAAA